UGAAGACAUAUUCCUCACAGCCUCAUAGCUAUGGUGGAUCACUACGAAUUUGGUGGACCCCUAGGAGCCGCCGCGAUUACCUUCGGCCUGCCAGUGCUUCUGUAUUUCUUUGCCUUCAGCUGCAAUGACAUCUCCGGCUGUCCGGUACCUUCUCUUCUGAGCCCUCGUACUAUUACCUGGGACACAUGGGCUGCCGAGACUGGGUGGCCGGAUGGUGGAAUCUGGGAUCUCUUUGACUGGAAAGUCAUUGGUAUAGUGCUAGCAUACUAUAUCUUCAGCUUACUCCUAUGGAGAGUUCUCCCCGCGCAACAAGUCCACGGCACUAAGCUUGUCCAUCACGGCCGGCCACUUCAAUAUCGCAUGAAUGCGUUUUGGACCAGUGUCGUCCUCUUAUCCAUCUGUGCGGCUGGCACAUACUUCCAUGGCCCCAACUUCCCUGUCUGGACGUAUAUCACGGAUCACUAUGUGCAGAUAUUAACUGCUAAUGUAUUGAUAUCUUACACACUUUCCGCCUAUCUGUACAUCCACAGCUUCAGCGUGGACACCAAUUACCCCAACGGCAAUCUCCGUGAACUCGCUGCCGGCGGUAAUACAGGAAAUUUUAUAUACGCUUUCUAUAUUGGCCGGGAAUUGAACCCUCGUGUCACUCUACCCUUGUUCGGAGAGGUCGACAUCAAGACCUGGUGUGAGGUCUAUCCCGGGUUGACUGGCUGGAUCCUGCUCGAUCUGGCCUUUAUUGCCAAGCAGUAUCGCAGCUACGGCUAUGUCUCCGACAGCAUCGUCUUCAUCGCCUUCUUCCAGGCGUUCUAUGUCCUGAACGGCCAGUACAACGAGCCUGGCAUUCUGACCAUGAUCGAUAUUACCACUGAUGGUAUGGGCUUUAUGCUCUCAUUUGGUGACCUCGUCUGGGUGCCGUUCUUGUACUCGACUCAAUGCCGGUAUCUGUCGGUCUAUCCUCUGCAGCUCGGGUGGGUCAACAUCGCUGCUGUGAGUGCUGUUUUUGCUCUGGGGCUGUACAUCUUCCGGGCUGCCAAUAAUCAGAAACACGUCUUCCGUACGCAGCCCAAUGAUCCGAGUGUGGCGGGACUCUCGUAUAUCCAAACGAAGCGGGGAACCAGACUGCUAACGGCCGGGUGGUGGGGCAUGUCUCGCCAUAUCAAUUACUUUGGCGACUGGAUGCAGGCUUUACCUUUCAGCUUACCGACUGGUCUGGCUGGGUAUAUGGUUCUACCGGCGGGAAGCAUUGUGGCUGCCUCUCACGGUUUCCAGAUGUUGGACGGGCGGGAGGUGAUCCAGGGUGAAGCCCGCGGCUGGGGGAUGAUCUUUACCUACUUUUACGUGCUAUACUUUGCAAUCUUGCUGAUGCACCGCGAGCGUAGAGACGAUGCCAUGUGUGCAGCCAAGUAUGGAGACGAUUGGGAAAAGUAUCGGAGGACGGUCCGGUGGAGGAUCCUGCCAUGGAUAUAUUGAACAUUGAAGGGUACAUAUAAUGGAAGGUCAUGAAGCAAUACUUGGUGGCUCUGACUGAUUAUCGACUUCCAAAGACCUCAACACCUCUGGAUGUAACGGUCACCUUGAUCAGCGUGAGUUAAUGAGAUCCCAAUACUCCGUAGGUGCUCAGGUAGGGCUGGUUGGCAGGGCAACGACCCCGGC